AUGGCUCGUGGCGAUCAUCAAAACAAUAAUGAUGAUUUCAUGGAUCCACCACAGCGUAAUCGAGCAACUGGACGGAUAAAAGAGGGUGAUGAGAAGAAGAAACAUAUUCGCAACAGACCCUCCCAAGAACGUCUGACUGCGUUGACUGACAAAUUCACCGACGAUCAUAAGGGGGCUGUGGCUGAGAUGGGUAUGCAGUCUAUGAUGGUUGUCCGGUGCACGAACCUUGUCAACCCUGUAUGCGACUGGCUUGCUGAGAUCUACGAGCCCGCCUCCAGGGAGUUCGUGAUUCCGGGACGUGGAAGACCUCCGUUGAACGAGGAAUCCGUGUUCUGCACUUUGGGUGUGCCUCGUGGACAUAUCAAAGUCCCGUACGAGGUCAACAAUGAGAUCGAGGAAGCGCUGUUCCCCCGUUUGUUUCCUGGGUCGGAAUCCAUGCCGAACACGUCUGCAGUGGCAGAUUCGCUGCAGGGCAUGACGACGCAUGGAGAUGUUUUCAAGAUGAAGCUACUCAUGUACCUCAUCUCAGCUGUUUUCGCGCCGACCACCUCUCUUCGCCCAAGCAACAAAUGCUUCCCCAUCUUGGUGAAUGAUCCAUCUUUACUACUUUAUUUUCCUUCAAUCUUUGGCUCCGAUGUCAUAUGUAAAGCGGAUCUGAAAAAUGUGAAGAACAUGAAUUGGUACAAGUUUAUUGUUGACUUCCUCCACGAUGCAUUCUCAAGCAAGAUGUACGAAAAGGGUUGUCGUCUGCAUUUAAUGCUCAUGUAUGUCGACUGUCUUGAUCUGUCCAUCGUGGAUUUCACUGGGGUAGGAGGCCCGCCGCCUACGCACAAGUUCGCUGUGUCUGCAUGGACUAUCAACGCUGUCAAGACUGUGCUUGCCGCAGACAGGGUAACUGAUACCAAAUAUGGAAAACUGCAGCUGAUGGCCAAGCAUGCUAUAGACUACAGCGUGUUUGGGGGGCCUCAAAACUUUGGAAAGUGGAUGGAUGUGCACUCAGCUCCGUCUUGCCCUACUGAGGCGAGGGCUCCUGUUGAGCAUAUAAUUGGGCAGUUUGCAUCCAGAAUGACCGGCUUGCUCGGGAAGUUGGUUGAGGGGUGGACGUCUCACAGUGGCUCUGACAGUGACGCGGUUGCGAGGCAGUUCACUUCAUUUGUCCCAGAACAUACACAUCGGCCAACCGGUUGCCGUGGCCGGUAUGACUACAACAGUUCACAAGAGCCCAGUGACACACAAGAUGAUCUAGAUGGAGACGCUGGCCUCAGCAAGGAUGACGAUGAUGACAUGGAGAACGUGCAACAGGACACCAGCGAUGAUGAACAUGCUGAAGUUCGCGCAGGUGGUAACAAGGACAAGGAUGCAACAUAUGUCCCCCCACCGGAGAAAGUCAAAGAACAUACGGUUGCGAGAGGUGAGGGGGUGUUGCCAUCAAGGAGGGGAGGGCUCCAGGAGAUGUUGGGCAGGGUUCUCGUGGCAAGAGGUCUAGGACCGAUCCCGUAG